CCCAACCCCAUGCCUCAGCUCUAACCCCGCCGCCCUCCCCCGCGGGGGGCAUUUCCCCGGGUCCCCUGCCCGCCCCGUCCAAGUCAGGCGCCAUGAACGACCAGUACCACCGGGCGGCUCGGGACGGCUACCUGGAACUCCUCAAGGAGGCCACCAGGAAGGAGCUGAACGCCCCCGACGAGGAUGGCAUGACCCCCACCCUCUGGGCUGCUUACCACGGCAACCUGGAGUCACUGCGCCUCAUCGUGAGUCGAGGGGGUGACCCGGACAAGUGUGACAUCUGGGGCAACACGCCCCUGCACCUGGCAGCUUCCAAUGGCCACCUGCACUGCCUCUCCUUCCUGGUGUCCUUCGGGGCCAACAUCUGGUGCCUGGAUAACGACCUCCACACGCCGCUGGACAUGGCGGCCAUGAAGGGCCACCUGGAGUGCGUGCGCUACCUGGACUCCAUCGCGGCCAAGCAGAGCAGCCUCAACCCCAAGCUGGUGGGCAAGCUGAAGGACAAGGCCUUCCGCGAGGCGGAGCGGCGCAUCCGCGAGUGCGCCAAGAUGCAGCGCAAGCACCACGAGCGCAUGGAACGGCGCUACCGGCGCGAGCUGGCCGAGCGCUCGGACGCGCUCAGCUUCUCCAGCCUCACGUCCAGCACCCUGAGCCGCCGGCUGCAGCAUCUGGCGCUCGGCAGCCACCUGCCCUACUCGCAGGCCACGCUGCACGGCACCGCCAAGGGCAAGACCAAGAUCCAGAAGAAGCUGGAGCGGCGCAAGCAGGGCGGCGAAGGCACCUUCAAGAUCUCCGAGGACGGCCGCAAGAGCGUGCGCUCGCUCUCGGGCCUGCAGCUGGGCAGUGACGUGAUGUUUGUGCGCCAGGGCACCUACGCCAACCCCAAGGAGUGGGGCCGCGCCCCGCUCCGGGACAUGUUCCUCUCCGACGAGGACAGCGUCUCCCGUGCCACACUGGCGGCCGAGCCUGCGCGCUCGGAGGUCAGCACCGACUCAGGCCACGACUCCCUGUUUACCCGCCCGGGCCUGGGCACCAUGGUGUUCCGCAGGAACUACCUGAGCAGCGGGCUGCACGGCCUGGGUCGCGAGGACGCGGCCCUGGACGGCGCGGGCACGCCGCGGGGUCGGCUUCAGAGCUCCCCCAGCCUCGACGACGACAGCCUGGGCAGUGCCAACAGCCUGCAGGAUCGCAGCUGCGGGGAGGAGCUGCCCUGGGACGAGCUGGACUUGGGCCUGGAUGAGGACCUGGAGCCCGAGACGAGCCCGCUGGAGACGUUCCUGGCCUCCCUGCACAUGGAGGACUUCACCUCCAUCCUGCGGCAGGAGAAGAUCGACCUCGAGGCGCUCAUGCUGUGCUCGGACCUCGACCUCCGCAGCAUUAGCGUCCCCCUGGGACCCCGCAAGAAGAUCAUGGGGGCCGUGCGGAGGCGAAGGCAGGCGCUGGAGCGCCCGCCGGCCCUGGAGGACACAGAGUUGUGA